UCUGAGGGCCUGUUACCAAAUGGCUAUUUUGAUGUCAAUAAACACAAGUGUGAAAGUUAGAAUGAUCACAGGUCACCCAAGCUCAAGCUCUGAGCGACUAUGAUCUUGCGUAAGAGCGGGUAUGGCAAAAAAUAUGAGACUUUGUAUCAGAUAUUUACGAUCAGUGUUAGCUUUCUUUCACAAUGUCGUUCUUGUUGUCUGUUCGCAACCGAGGAAAUAAUAACUCGCUAAAUUCGCUUUAAAUCAGCAGAGUGAACAGACAACAAAAUAACACACCGAGAAAGAAAGAUAAGGCAUUUUUUAUUGAGAGCUUGCUAAUAGUCCUACCUCGUAACACCGAUCGCUAUUUCAUAAAUGUUCCCGAACAAAGUCUUGUAAAUUUUGCCAUGUUCGCUAUUACGUAAGAUGAAUCAUCGCACCCAGCUUGGCUUGGGCUGCCUGUGGAACAACCUCCCUCAAAUCAUGGUGGUGAAGGUAGAACACAGCGAAAUGCUAUUUAGACUACUCAAAGUGCUAUUUAGUACAGCUGAAGUGCUAUAAGGACUGGCGAAGUGCUGUUUUAGGUUUACCCAAGAGAUAACCGGAGUAAUAUUUAACGUCAAUACGGAAUCUGUACGGCCGUGUCACGCGGUUUUAGGCUAAUCACGUUAAUCUCAUUUGCGCGAUUUGCGUGCUGCCUGCAUGCACGGCAUAAAACGUUUGAUUAAUACUUGUUGACCUUUUAUCGUUUGCACCACCUUUCACUUCAUGUAAAACCGCCCAAGAUCCCCGGCCAAGAUCAGCAAUUACGGAAGUCUUUCGCGUGCUUUCGUGUGAAUAUAAACACAAUGAUGUCUCAUGUCAUGAUCAACGAGGGGAUAAUGGAUUUCAACACGAUGAGUGACGAUUUGUAGUGAUAUUUUCAGGCACCAGCUGUGCAGUCUCCGACCCGGGAUUCCAACUAAUAAGAAAAAAGUCAGGAAAGAAGGCAAAACACCAAAAUGUAGAAAGACAGGAGCCUCUCUGCAAGCUAGUCUAAAGUGUUAAGUUUGCUCGCGUCAGGUAUCGUUUGGCGAAAAUGAAUGGCUCAGCUCCGGAGAUCUAACUCACAAAAUUCCCAGCAAGAAUCUUUUUCGUUGUCGAAAUUUUUUUCCCUGCGUAAUAUUCAGCCAACAUGUGAUCGGAAGUAGCAGCCUUUCUAUUACUGCGAAGCCAUUGUUUCCUUGCAGAGUGCAAACUGCAGGGAAUGCCGUGAACUGCCCUGGGAAUGUAAAAUCUUACUCCGCCGGAAUAUUACAGAGAACAUGAUUGGUGGUUGAAUCUUCCUUUGGGUUUUCACUUAGCUUAUUUGGGUUAUAAACCGGGCGCUGAUUGGUCAAAUGCACGUGGUCAUAGCAUGAACCGUGGACUAUUUCGAAAGGGCUAGCCAAAUAUGGCGGAUGGAAAACCACAUAGGAUAAAAGGGUCCGUCACUGUGAAAAUUUUCGACAUUUAAAUCUCCCGUUGCAGUCUUAUCACAUAAAAAAAUACGAAAUUAUUUGCAAGUCAAAGUCUGACUGCCAACGUAAACAAUGGGAUUUGGUCGUCAAGAUACUGCCCCGGCUAUGGAGUUGCUUCAAUGUGUGAAUGGCGACCGGGCUUCAAAGUCGAACACACCAUCAGUUCCCUCGUCACCUUUGACACUGAUUGAAAAAAUCAACCAGAAGAUUGCCUCAGGUGAAAAAUUCUUCAGCUUAGAAUUUUUUCCUCCAAGAACACCUAAUGGAGCAGUAAACUUGAUUGCUAAGUUUGACAGGAUAUCUGUAGGAUGUCCUUUGUUUUGCGAUGUGACGUGGCAUCCCGCUGGAGACCCUGGCGGUGAUAAAGAGACAAGCUCUAUGACUAUCGCGAGUGCAGCUGUCAACUACUGCGGCAUUGACACCAUGUUGCAUAUCUCUUGCGCAAAUACUGUUAAAGCCACUGUGACCAAGCACUUGAUGAAAGCCAAGUCCUUAGGAAUCAGGAAUAUUCUUGCUCUCCGUGGUGACCCCCCAAAUGGUGAAGAGUGGCAGGCGCUUGACGAUGGUUUAGCUUAUGGCACAGACAUGGUUAAACACAUUCGUCAAGAGUUUGGGGACUGUUUUACUGUCUGUGUUGCCGGUUACCCUAACGGUCAUCCAGACUGCCCCAGUUACGAGGAAGAUCUUCAGCAUUUGAAAGAGAAAGUGGAUGCAGGAGCAGAUUUCAUUAUUACGCAGCUGUUCUUUGAAAACAAGACAUUCUUUAAGUUCCUACAAGAUUGUCGAGACAUUGGUAUCACCAUCCCAAUCAUUCCUGGAAUUAUGCCAAUUCAGGGUUACGCUUCACUGCGUCACCUUGUGAAGCUUUCGAGAUUAGAAGUUCCCCAGUGGAUUGUUGAUGCCAUUGAACCAAUCAAAGAUGACGAUGAGGCCAUACGUAAAUAUGGCGUACAGCUUGGAAUUGAAAUGGCUCGAGAACUCUUAGCACAUGAUCAAGUUCCUGGAUUGCAUUUUUACACCCUGAAUCGAGAAGUUGCCACCAAAGAAAUUCUCACAGCUUUGGGAUUGUGGUGCCAGGAUCCAGCUGCCAGUAGACCAUUGCCAUGGAAACCAUCGGCAAACAAAAAAAGGGUCUGUGAGGAUGUGCGGCCCAUCUUCUGGGCUUCUCGACCCAAGAGUUACUUGUACCGCACCUCAGACUGGGACGAGUUCCCUAAUGGCCGAUGGGGAAACUCGUCGUCACCAUCCUUUGGCGAAUUGGAGGACCAUCACUUGUUUUAUUUGAGAAGCAGGAGCAAGAAAGAUGACUUGCUGAAAAUGUGGGGUGAAGAACUGCGAAGUGUGGAAGAUGUGUUUGAGGUGUUCAAGUGUUACAUCUCAGGAGAGGAAAACAGAUAUGGAGUGAAGGUUAAGUCUCUGCCAUGGAAUGACGAUACAGUUGCUCCAGAAACAGCACUGAUCAAAGAAAAGCUAGAAUUCUUAAACAGCAAGGGAAUUUUGACAAUCAACAGUCAACCUCAUGUGAAUGCCGCUCCAUCAAGUGACCCUCUGGUUGGCUGGGGAGGAAGUGGAGGUUACAUCUAUCAGAAGGCAUAUCUGGAGUUCUUCACCUGCAAAGAAGUUGUUGAUGCCUUACUGGAAGUUUUAAAGGAGUAUCCGCAGGUCAACUAUCAUGUCGUAAACUGUGAGGGCUCAGUUAAUGUGACCAAUGCAGAUACGCUUUCCCCUAUCGCUGUCACAUGGGGAGUAUUUCCUGGAAAAGAGAUUGCUCAACCAACAGUUGUUGAUCCAAUCAGCUUUGAUUCGUGGAAAGACGAGGCAUUUGACCUUUGGCAGCAAAGGUGGGGCAAACUCUACCUUGAAGGCUCGCCAUCAAAACUUGUCAUUGAUGACAUUUGUAAGAACUACUAUCUUGUCAACUUAGUAGACAAUGACUUUGUCAAAGGAAACUGCUUGUGGGAAACACUCGAGAAAACGGUGCAUCUAAGAGAAAGGACAUCACAGAGUGAACCUGCAGAAGUGAUUCAGUAAAGAAGAAGGAAUUAACUGGAAAUAGCAGUUUCAUUAGGAAUGCGGAUUUGUGUGUGUGAUUGCUUUUUACAAGCACAACAGCUUUGUGAAUGACAUUUUGGUCUGUGUGGCUUCCAUUCUUGAUUGUUUAUGGAUGUGGACGUCUAGAAAAAUGUAAAAUGAAUUUGAGGAAAACUGAAGAGUGACAGCUUACAAACACUACACCAAUCGCAGAAAGUGGAUCUAAAACCUCUGAGCUAUACUCUACUUGCCAGUGCAAGUGUGAAAUUGUCACUGUAACCAAGUUACUGAAUGAGAGAAUCUUAAGGUAUGGUGAAGUAGUUUUUAAAUGCCCAGCUGUAAGUUAUAAUCAAGGCAUUUAUUUAGACUUAACCACCUUGCAAUUAAAUACAAGUUAUUUUAUAACCAGUUGAAGUACAUCAAUUGUAACAAUUUUGUACCAACUACAUAAAUAGAAGGACAUUUUAUAGAAAAAUUAUAACUGAUUUUUAUCACUAAGGCCGAUUUUCUAUUUGCAAAAAAAUUCUUGUUGGAUAUUUACUUGCAUGUAAGUGUAUUUAUUCGGUGCUGUCUUUGGGGAACAUAUUAUCAGAAUUGAGUAAUAUAAUCAUUACUGUUGUGCAGUUUAUAGAGAGUGCAAUAAUUUUCUUGCCAGAUGUACAGAAUACAAGUGUAAGUGUAAGUGUCAAUAUUAACACCUUAAUUGAAAGGGCAUUAUAUAUUCAGGCAAACUAUUUUGGAGAUUUUUUCCUUUUAAUUUGAGUCAAUCUUUUGACAAAAUAAGUUUUUCUUUUUAUGCUCAAUGAGCGGGAAAGAUUUCAGGCUGUUCAAUUUUUAGUUCUUGAUUGAGCAUUCAUCUGUGCAGUAAAAAGCAAAGAAUCGCCCAAUAUGGUGUGGCCUCCUUGGGCUCAUCGCACAAUUUUGGAAGAUUGCGUGACGAGCGCCAAGAACAUCUAAAUAUAGUGUGGCCUAGCUAGAAACACGCAUGUCACUCCAUGGCUUGUUACUGAGUUAUCUUCAAUCCAAUUUCUCCCUAACAAAUUCAUAUGGAGUCAGCUUGUGGUUGAUGAGAAUUAAGAGAAUGAUCAUGAAAGAGGAAAAACAUUCCUCCUUGCAACAAAUUUGUUGCCUUUCACCAGAAAGGAAAAUUGAAAAGUUGAACUACCAAGUUUAAACUUGUUCUAGGAUUUUGGUCAACAGUGGAAGAAUUGUAUUCCCUUAAUGAUAAUUUUCUUAAUUCUUGUCACCUAUUUGUUACACAAUGUUAUGAGACUGUAAGGAGACAUUAGAUGUUGAAAACUGGCUAAAAUGGCAUCUCAAAAGUAGUUUUUACGACAGCUUAUAUCCAGUAGAAAUUUUUAUGAAUCUGCAAUGUAUUUAAUUGAAACAAAUCAAUAUUGUUGAACCUUAAGUUAACUUCAAGUACAUUAUUAAGAGUAAAUUUGGGAAUUAUAAAAACUGAUUGUCAGGGAAAAUAAACUACCAUGAAUAAAAACCAUUCACUGUGA